AUGGCAGACGUAGAUGACAGUGCGCUGACUUCAGUCAGUCCUUCGAAGAAGCGUCGGCAAGGAGAUGUGCCCUGGUACCCACCAGGCCCUCAGACUUUGGGAGAGACCCUCUCCCACAACUUGAAGUAUCUUGCAGAGAUGACAACGACUGUGCCGAACAUGGGCCAGGACACUGGCCAAGCUCUUGAGGCUCUGAGCGGUGUGCAAAUCGUUUUGACAAGCUCGUACUCCGGAACAGGCUGCUUUGAGGGAGUUUUUCAUGAAAUCAUGAAGCAGUUGAAGCAGACGUUUCCUGCCUCGAGUGGUGGUGUGACAAGCCAUGCGGCCACAGAGAUUAACUCUGCGGCGCAGAUGUGUCUCUCAUCUCACAAGUCGUGCAUCCACCAUGUCUUCGGCGACAUUCUUGGUAGGGUUCCUCGAGGCUUCCAGAAAACUUUGAAGGACAUCGAAAGCAGGUGCCUUGCUGAUUUCAAGUUUCUGCAGACGGAGCUGAAGUUGGGUCAGCUCACCAAGCCGGAGUUUGGGGUUGCAAAGCGAAAGCUGGAGCAAGGGUAUGUGUCCAAGCUGAAGUCGGAGUUGAGCCAGAUAGAGUUCAACGAUACAGAUUUUUGUCUUGUUCACCAGAAGCAGUGCCACAUCUCUCCACGGCAUGACCCGCGCUUCUCACAAGCGUAUUGGAUCGAGGAGAACGUGGCGUGCUUUCCGGAGGAGGAGAUGUUCUCCAUCUUCCGGGAGAGCGGCGCCCAUGUGUUGAAGCACCUCGAGUCGCCAAUAAUCCUCAUGUCCGACACGGAGGACGUGCCUGACAUUGACGAGGAGCUUGGGCCGGUCGACAGUGGCGGCGAGCCUUCGGCUGAUGAGUCCCAGGUUGGUGCGGCAAAGGCAAAGAAGGGUCAAAAGGCAAAGGCCAAGGGCGACGGCGACGGCAAGAAGGGCAAAGUGCAGAUCGUGAACAAGUUCGGGAAGACUAGGAGCAGGACAAAGGGCGGGAAAAAAUUCUGUCCUGCUUGCAACAAAUGGCUGCCUGCAGAGAACUUUCCACCCGGCAGUGGCCAGUGCGGGGAGGACAGAAAGGCGAUGCAGAAUUUGAAGAAUGCCGCGAUUUCUCAGAACCAGCUUGAGUGGUGGAACGAAGUUUGCCAAGACUCCGAGAAGCUCAAGAGGGUCAUCAAGUCGUAUCGGGAGUCGGCGCCGCCGCCCGGGAAGCGUCGCAAGACACCUUUCAGCAUCCUCCAAUACAAGGAGGAGCGGCGACAGGAAUCGAGCACGCUGCUCGAUGGGGUGGCCGAGAUGAUGUCUGAGUUGGCCUACAUCUCUUGGAUGGCAAAGCCGAAGAACGGAUGUGUGGAUGCCCUCGAAGCAUCCAAACGCUGGAAGGAUUUGUACAAUGCACCAGGUGCCAUCACGGACAGCAAAGGCCCGACCGAGAAGUACAAGCUUCGCGUCGCCGUGCACAAGGCGGACCUCGUCACACAGAGAGAUGCCAACAUUCACUCGCAAGGGUAUGUUGCCGCAGAGAAGGAGAUCCGUAAAGGUGGCCAGGAGGACAUCGACCGCAUGGAAGCCCGCCUUGCGAAGGAGACCAUGUUCCAGGCCACCAGCUCGAGAUCGCGGUCUGAUCAAGCUCUUUCGAUGGCAAAAGCAUCCUUGGCGUCUGGAGGCACUGGUGCUUGGAGCGACUCCGGCAAGAGUGCAGCCAUGAUCGGCGACGUGAGGGAGCUUCUCAGCGAGUCUGAGAACGAGGGCGCGCAGGACGAUGACGAGAUGAGCGAGGCGGAGGAGGGGGCCAACCGUUCUCAGAACAAGCGUCGAUGCAGCUUCGGGUCCGAUGUGGAGAAGCCCAGUAACUCCACCCCGAAUGAGAAGAAGCCGAAGAAAGCGUGGUUCGACCGCGAUGCCUCCAUCACUUCGGCCCUCAAACAGCACCAAACAUGGGUCAAGGCUACUCGUGCAUCGAUAACCUCCACAAUCCAGCAGCUACAGGACAGCUUGGGUAAGGUCACUGCCGACGUCGAAGACGAGGUGAGAAAUGAGGCGAAGUUGGCCAAAAACAGGCUGCACGCCCUCAAGUUAAUCUUGGGGAAGCCGGAGGAUGGGGAGCAGCCCGGUGGCCAGUUUUCCGAUGUUGUGGUCAGUGCAGAUGGCGACUCCAAGCCCGACAAGGAGAGCCAGAAAGAAGCCGGGACCACUGACCAGGCGAGCCAGAAAGAGGCCGCUGACCAGGCCCAGCCCAAUGCGGAUCAAGCCAAGGAGGCGGAGAAGACCAGCGACGCCAAGGAGGAAGCCACCAAGGAGACCAGCGAGGAAGCCAAGCCUGACCCCGACGUGAAGGCUCCCAGCACUGUCGCCAAGUUCGUUGCAGAUAAUGGUGGUGCGCAGAAGGCUUUGCGGAAGUACAUUGCUUCCUUCUCCACGGACGGCAAGAAGACUUUGGGUGGAGCACCGCCUUGCCGCAGCUACCAAGCCUUGAUCGUGAUUUCGGAGUUUGACGACAAAGCCACUGAGAUCGAGGAGGCAGAGACGAAGGAAGCCCUUGUCGCCAUCCAGAAUGGGAUGAAAAUCUUCAAGAAUGCCUACGCUGACCUUUUGGCCAUGGCGCGGGCAGCAAAGAACAGGCUCGAGUCGUCCAUCACCGACGUCAAGAGGCAGCAGCAGAGGGCUAAGGACAUCGAGAAUGGCCAGAAGGCGGCAGCAACCCGCGGACGCCCCAGGAAGUCCGCUCAGCAGCAGAAUGCUGCUUUGUUUGUGGAUAGCCCGGAAGUUGUCGGCAAGGACAUCCCAAGCGUGCAAGCAGAUGGCUAUGUACCGCCAGCGAUGGACCGUGCGAAGCCGCACAUUGUCCGCUGGAGCCAGGAAGUGAUGAACAAGUUGGCUCCGUUGAAGCACACGUUGGCCAGCCUGGAGACCAAGUUCAAGGGUGAUACGAACAAGCUCGAGGCUGGUAGAAGCCAGCGUCUUUUGCCGCCAGACCAGCGUGAGCUCGUCGACGAGGUGUUGGAGACCUUGUUCCCCCCCAAUCACAUCCUCCCGAAAGACAAGAUCGUCGAGAAGCUGAAGGCAGAGGUGCUGAUGCCCAUUGGUUUCGUAAUCGCGAAAGCCUGUGUCACUGCGUCUGCAGAGAGUGCUCACCUCCCUACCUGCAGACUGGGGAUUUCCGGCAACCGUCAAGUCGUUUGUAUCCCGACCCUGCACUUGCUUGCGUUGCUGAACAAGGGCUGUGAGACCAAGGCCGAUCUUGCAAGGGCAUAUCACUUCUUGAAAACCGCUUCCCUGAAGACUUUCCAAGAAGGGCAGCAGGGCGAUGACAGCUGUGUCUACCAUGCGACGGUGGGCCCAGGCGACCUUCUCUACCUCCCGGCCGGUUGGUGCUUCUUUGAACGAGUUGCCGGCAAGAGCAACUACUUGGGGGUGAAGAUCCAGCACUUGAGCUUGCAAUCCUUGCCCGUUCUCCGCAACAUCAACUCCUACUUGUUGGCGAUCUCGAAGCCGAAUUCCAACCUUCAGAGUGCCGUGGAUUGUCUCACAAGGGCGGAGACCUAG